AAGAACUAUAGAAAAACUUUUAAUACGGAGAGACCAAUUUGAAAACACAACCAAACUGCUCUCUCCCUUGGACACACUCCUUUUUAUUCUCCGCCCAAAUUGAAAUUCUAGGGUACUAUUCUUCACCAACUUUCGAUUUCAAUUUCAGUUUUGGGAAUCCCUUCUUUUAUUUUUCCCUUUCGCGGUUAUCUUUGCUCUUUGCUCUUUGCUCUUUGCUCUUUGCUCUUCGUACUUCUACUUAUUCGGUUCCGAUCCUCACUCUAUCGAUCCCUCUGGUCGCUUCUUUUGUAUGGGAGUAUAGAUGAUAGGAAAAGGAUUCUUCCGAGAGAACUUUCAACCGCAGUCAUGCUCUGGGAAGAGAGCACCCAAAACUGGUCAGGGUAAAGGGAGUUCAGAAAACGUUGUUAUCAUUGAUGCCGACAGUGAUCGAGGUGAUGAUGUGAUAAUCAUUGAUGACUGUGAUGAGUGUGUUUAUAAAGAAUCGCAUGGUGCCGGUGGCAGUGCGCCAAGUAGAGUCAGAUCAUAUACACAUCAGAGCGUUAUAAGUGUUGAUGACGAUGAUGAAAGUGAUGAUGAAUUUGUUGAAGGUGUUGGGGAAUUGGAUAGUGAUGCUUCGUCAAGUAAACGAUGUUCUUCUGGGCCAAGCUUUAUGCAAAAAUCUGUACACAUAAACAUUAAUGAUAGUCAAGUAUAUAAAAAUGGCUUUGUAUCUAGCACCCAAAGAAGUAGGGAAACAUGCUCUGCAAAGGCCACUGGGAGAAGUCAUAAUGGUUUGGAUAGGUCUGAAAACCCAGGCAGAAAUCGUUAUGGUUUGGAUGGGUUGGAAACUGAGUCAUCUGAUAGUGAUUGUUCUGAUUGUGAAGUUUUGGAAGCUUGUGAACAGUGGGAAAGGGCUUCGAUUAAGAGAAAGCGUCAUGUCUCUAAUGACCAAUCAUAUUAUGGUGAGCAUCCCAGUUCUUCUGGCUUCCAUAGGAAUUUCUAUGUUAAUGUUGAAAUGGAAAAAAGUGAUGAACAACACAAAGUGAGUCCCGAAUAUUCUGCUCCCAGCAAUGAAAACAAUGUGAAAGAGAAUCAAUCUACUGUCUCAUAUAAGGAUGAUAGUCAAGUUGAUGGGAUCAAUCCUUUUAGUGUUGGGACAGAAAGUCCAUUCAAGGGUUCUGAUCAGCAAGUUGCCCAGGACUGUUUUAAAUCUUUUAAGUUUGAAUCUCUCAAGGAAGUGCAGUCUUUGUCUCAUAGUUCUACUGAGCAUGCAGAAAGGAGCAGAAGUGAAGAUAAUUUCUAUGGUGAUUUUUCUUGUGCUUCAAUGUUUGAGAAAGAAUCAGGUGGUAAAGAGUCUAAUUUUAUGAGCUCUAGCCAAGGAGCAUGUGAAAUUCAAGUUAACAAUGGAUCUGCAUCAAGAUCUGAUAACCGUGAUGAGAUUAUGUUACAAGUUCAAUGUGAUGGUCAUACUGCUUCAGAUGAGAUAGAUAUAAUUAAUGAAAGAGAAAAGCUUAAAGAGACUGAUGAGUAUAAACAAGCUAUUGAAGAGGAAUGGGCAUCCAGGCAGCGACAAUUGCAAAUCCAGGUGAUAAACAUAUGGCAUCAUGCUGAGGAAGCACAGAGAUUGCGCAAGCGAAAGAAGGCUGAAACUAAGCGUAUAUUGGACAUGCAAAGAAGGCAGAAGGAACGUGUUGAAGAAGUGAGAGAGACGCAAAAGAAGGAUGAAGAAUUUAUGAACAAGAAAGAGCAGCUGCGGGUAGAAAUACGGAAUAGGCUUAAUAAAUUGGAGAAGCAAUGCAGUGACAUGACAUCAUUGCUUCGUGGCUUAGGAAUAGCUGUUGGAGUUGGUUUUUUCCCAAAGCCUACUGAGGUGCAGGCAGCAUAUAAACGGGCCUUGUUUAAGUUCCAUCCAGAUCGGGCAUCAAAAACUGAUGUUCGUGAGCAGGUCGAGGCAGAAGAGAAGUUCAAGCUCAUCUCGCGCAUGAAGGAGAAAUUUUUGUUGACCUCCUGUCACUAGAUGGUUAUUUGUAUUGGAUAAAUAGGGUAACAGACAAGAAUAUAUAUGUAAGAUAUAUAAUGCCAUUUUUUAAGGAUGAGAUGCAACUAUCAUCCUGUUCAAAUUGUAAGUUUGCACCAGACUUUAAAAAAAGGAAAGAAAAAGAAAUUCUGCACGUUAAUAUCACUUGAUAUAUAAGUGCUUAAUGUUUUGAUGA